AUGGCAAAAAAACAAGCUCCAAAAAGUGCUGAAAGUGAUAAUGAUAAGAGUCCCAAAGUUAAUACACCCACAUUUAAUAAACAUUAUGAAAAAAUAGAUUCAGAAAUCGUUUUUGAAUUUGGUGGUCCUUGGGGAGUCACUGCUAUGAUGAUUGGAUUCCCAACUCUAAUGUAUUACUUAUGGGGUUGUCUGCAAUUUUAUCGUGGAAAGUUAGUAUCACCCUUUGACAUUCAAUUUUGGAAUCAAAUUUUCAAAGGUGCUUUUCCUACUUGGUAUGCAACCAAAAUGUAUGUAUUGUUCUGCCUCUUCGAAUUAUUCUUGGCCUACUUUAUGCCUGGUCCGAUUGUCAAGGGUGCACCUGUCUCUUCUUUGAAAGGCAAGAGAUUGGACUAUCUUUGUAAUGGCGUGACCUCUUGGUACGCCACUAUUGUUACUUCACUUAUUCUACACUAUUAUGGAUGGUUCCGUCUCACAGAAAUCAUUGAUAACUUUGGUCCAUUGAUGUCUGUUGCAGUAGUUUCUGGUGUCGUUAUCACCUUGGUCAUAUAUUUUACUACUAUUAUGCAAGGAAAUCAGUAUCGUAUGUCAGGAUAUUUAAUGUAUGACCUCUUCAUGGGCGCUGUUUUGAAUCCGCGUCUUGGACAUGUAGACCUUAAGAUGUUUGCAGAAAUUCGCAUACCUUGGGUUCUUUUAUUUUAUAUUUCUAUCUCGGCCGCAAUUAAAGAAUAUGAGUUAUUUGGUUAUGUUUCUGCAUCUAUGGCAUUUAUGGUUCUUGCACAUUUCUUGUAUGUGAAUGCUUGUGCAAAAGGUGAAGAAUGCAUUCCAACUACUUGGGAUAUGACUUAUGAAAAGCCUAUUAUAUUUGGUAAGCAAUUAAUUUCUUCACUCGUUAUAGCGGAUACGGCUAAUUCGCAGAAAAAUCGAUUUAGAAUGAUAAUUAAUGGUAGUUAUAUUCCGAGAUACACGUUCCCACAACUUCCAUGGGGAACACUGAAAAAUCCAACUUAUAUAAAAACAAAAUCUGGAAACUUGUUAUUGACAAGUGGAUGGUGGGGAAUUGCACGUAAGAUUCAUUAUACAGCCGAUUUGAUGAUGGCUUUUGCCUGGGGGUUUAUUACUGGAUUUAAUACUGUCAUUCCGUAUUUUUAUCCAGUAUUUUUUGUAGCUGUGUUAACACACAGGGUCUCUAGAGAUAUGGAAAGAUGUGCUAAAAAGUAUGGGAAAGAUUGGGAAGAGUAUUGUAAGCAGGUUCCUUACAUCUUUAUUCCUGGAAUUUAUUAA